AGAAUAGUUCCUCAAAUCUGACCUCUGCUUCUAAUUGAAAACAUGGUUGAUGCUGGCGGCUUUGGAUGCUUUACAGCCAUGAAUUUCGUUUGGUCAAGAAGGCUCUGUGUUUAUGGUGGUGCUUGUGGCUUUGAGGCCAGGCUCUGUGUCCUGAAGUACAUGUCAGAUGAGCCAGGCUUCUCAUGGCGCAUGGUGAGUUUCCAGAGAACACCUGUCUCAAUGAGAGAAUUGAGGUCUAGAUGAGGUGAAUGACGAUACAGGAGAUGACUACAUUGAAUUUGAAGAUGAAGAUAAUAUCUAACGAGCUUGUUGGAUUGUGUAAUACUCUUGUUAUAUUCAGAUUGUGAUAUACUUUCCUCCACAAAGAGUUGUACUUCUGUACAUUCUAUUAUGUAAUGAAGGAACA